AUGAUUUCUGAAAGACAACGAAGUUUGGAACACCGAAUGUCUACCAUAAAGACCAACACACAGUUUGUGGAACAAGAUGUGAAGUAUCUUGAGGAUCUGCAAGAUGAGUUUGACUUCAGAUAUAAGACACUACAGACACAAGAACAAAGUGAUAGGAACAAUGUUCAUAUGAAGGAAGAAGUUUUCCGGUUGCAAGGUAUGCUGAAUCAGCUGGAUCAUAAACGAAAGGUUUACAUUGUUCGCAGAGAGCCUAUUUCAGGUCAGACAACAGCUGAAAAAACUGGAGGAACUGCUGCAGAAAGUGACCUACGAGGGAGAUCCGAUGCCUUUGCAAAGACCUCAUUUGGAGGAAAGAGUGAACAUUUUGAUUUACGGCUUCAUAAAAAGUCACAAGUGGAUCUUAAGUUGUUUUUAACAAGUGUGAAUAUUCUUGAGAAAGAUGAUAAACUGUCUUUUACUUCCAUUAUGUUUAGUUCUUUUGUGGUGGAGAGACAGCCUUGCAUGCCGACCCACCCACAGAGAGCAAUGGUCCUAAAAACGGGAGUGCAGUUCACUGUCAAGUUAAGGUUUUUGGUGAAGUUGCCCGAACUGAAUUAUCAGCUAAAAGUGAAAGCUACAAUCGACAAAUAUCGCAAAUUUAAUAUAUUAGGCACUAACACCAAAGUAAUGAACAUGGAAGAAUCAGUCAAUGGGAGUCUCUCGGUAGAAUUCAGACACUUGCAACUUAAAGAACAGAAAUCAUCAGCGGGAACUAAAGGAAAUGAGGUAACAUUUUCUCAUAUACUUUCGAUUAUUGAGUUGCACUUGAGUAGUCAGGGUCCUCUCAUUGUCACUGAGGAGCUGCAUUCAAUAAAUUUUGAAACACAGUUUUGUCAUCAAGAUCUUAUCAUAGAUUUAGAGACCAGUUCUUUGCCUGUGGUGGUCAUCUCAAAUGUAAGUCAGCUGCCCAGUGGCUGGGCCUCCGUUAUAUGGUACAACAUGUUAAUGAAUGAUCCCAAGGAGAACCUACCAAACAGAUUCAGUUUCUGGUUGUGGUUAGACGGAAUCCUGGAGCUCAUCAAGAAGCACCUUUUGACUUUGUGGAUUGACGGGUAUAUUGUGGGAUUUGUGAGUAAGGAGAAGGAACGUGCGUUAUUGAAGGACAAACCAUCUGGCACUUUUUUAUUGCGGUUCAGUGAAAGCAGCAGAGACGGUGCCAUUACCUUCACCUGGGUGGAUCGAUCCGAGAAUGGAGAAAUGAAAUUUCACUCAGUGGAACCAUAUUCCAAGAGUCAGUUAUUAGCUGUUCCUUUGCCUGACAUUAUCCGUGACUACAAAGUAAUGGUGGCCGAGAAUAUUCCAGAAAACCCACUGCAGUACCUAUACCCUGAUAUACAGAAGGAUAAAGCUUUCGGGAGGCAUUACAAUAAUAAGCCGAAAGAAGUUUCUGAACCUACGGUGACACAGAAAGGCUACAUUUCCUCAAGGUUUAUCCCAUUCUCUGAAUUUCCGAAUGCGUCCACGGCUCCAGUGUCCUCAUCUGACUUACUUCCUAUGUCACCAGGUGUAUAUGCUGAACUGAAACAGCAACUAAGUCCUGCAGAAAUCGAGACUGCCGUAUGUUUUGAAGCAAUGAUUUGA